AUGGGUGAAGGUCAAGAAUGGUCCUCCAGCUUCUGGGACUGCUGCUCCCCCUGCGGCACCUGCUCCCUCGCCUUCUGCUGCCCCUGCUGCCUCCACGGCCGCACCAGUUCUCGUCUCGAAGACCCCACCCUGAAAGACGAUAGCAUGAUGAACGGUGGUUGCUGCGUUUACUUCCUUCUCGCUUACUGCGGCUUCCACUUCAUCCCAUUGAUGAUGAAGCGCGGCCAAAUCAGAGAGAGAUUCGGGCUUGAGGGGUCCGGAUGCGGGGACUGUAUGCGGUCGUUCUGCUGCCCGUGCUGCACGCUCAUGCAGCAUGAGAAGGAAUUGGAGAGUCGGGCGGCGUUGUUGGAGGGGCCUGGUGCGCAGCAGGGAUAUAAGGCUCCCGCGGGGAUGGCGUAUCAGUGA